UAGAAGUCAGUAGAAGUCUAUGGUGUGUGUUAAGCAUUUAUGAAGAAUCUUGGAUUUAUAUGUAUACCGUUUCCUUGAAAUAAUGUAAAAAUUGAAAAGUUUGUAUAUUAGAUUGCUCGUUAUACUCGCUCUACUUGUUAUUUAUAGUGCAGUGACAUCUCUUAUUAGUCGUCAAGAUGAUGUCUGAUCGGAAGGCGGAGUUAGAAAGGAAGAAGGCAAAGCUGCAAGCUAUUAGGGAAGAGAAAGAGAGACGCAGGAGGGAGAAAGAACAGAAGGAUGUAGAAGAAGCUACUGUUCGUGCCGCUGGCACGGAUAAGGAUCAACGCAAAGAGAUAGAUGCAAUGCUGUCUUCUUUGGGUGUAGCGCCAGUGUCAGAUGUGCUCUCUAGUUUGUCUAGUAUGAGCUCGCUGACGCCUGAACAGAGUGCUAAUGCUACACCAGACGCCAGCUUACAACCAUCUAGUAUAAAUUCUGCUCAGAGUGUAGGACGAAGAAAAAAUCGAGAGCUUACGAUUGUCUCCGUGGCGCACACAAACAUUCCACCAAAAGAACCGGUUGUUUACAGUAAACAAACGCAAACCAUUCAGACUACGCAUACAUCCCACGACGGACUGUCCACAUCGUCCUCUGCAUACACCAUCUACUCCUCCUGUUCAACAACAACACCAACUCACUCUUGCUCCGCAGGCUACUUUGAGACUGACUGGUGGCGUCCCAGGAAAGGUGGGUCUGCACCAAACUACCUAUCUCAUGCAUUCGACUAUUACGACGAGUACAAUCUAAAUCCUGGUUUAGAAUGGGAGGACGAGUUCACAGUUUUGACAUUUGAUGAUGGCCAAGCCGAAGAUGAAGAAAAUAGCCUGCCGCACAUGGACGGUUUCCAGAGUAAACUUCCACCAGGAAUACUCCCCCAUGGAUUACCGCAAGUUAAGGAGGUUCAGCCUGCUGUUACACAGGUAGAGCAAGAGAAAGAGAAAGAGAAGCCUAAAAAAGAAGUACGGGAACUUAGUGAAGAAGAAAAGCAAAUGAUUAUUCUAUCGGAAGAUUUUCAACGAUUCCUCGAUCGCACUAGCAGAAUUGUAGAAAGAGCAUUGAGCGAAUCGGUUGAUAUCUACACCGAUUAUGCUGGCACUAUGGACGGCGAAGAUGGAAUGGAUGAGAAGAGUCAUCAACGACUCUGGCUAAAUCGCUCGUUCAUCUGUGAGCGAUGGUCUCGUAAUCGUUGCGUGACCUCCAUGGAUUGGUCGCCGCAGUUCCCCGAGCUUUUAGCGGCUUCGUACAACAACAACGACGACACUCCGAAUGAUCCUGACGGUGUAUGCCUAAUCUGGAACACUAAAUUCAAGAAAACAACUCCAGAGUUUAUCUUUCACUGUCAGUCACCCGUUAUGUCUACCACAUUCGCCAGAUUCCAUCCAAACUUGAUUCUGGGCGGCACCUACUCUGGUCAAAUCGUAUUAUGGGACAAUCGAGUACAAAAAAGGACUCCCAUACAACGCACCCCCUUAUCUGCCACUGCGCAUACCCAUCCAGUAUACUGCUUGAACGUCGUUGGAACGCAAAACGCACACAAUCUGAUUAGCAUUUCAACAGACGGCAAAUUGUGCUCGUGGAGUCUGGACAUGCUGUCACAACCGCAAGAGGCAUUAGAAUUACACACAAAGCAAUCGAAAGCGAUCGCCGCUACGUGUUUGGCUUUUCCGCACGGCGAUGUUAACAAUUUCGUCAUGGGAAGUGAGGACGGAACUGUUUACUCGGCCUGCCGGCACGGUAGCCGUGCUGGGUUGACGGAAACAUACGAGGGUCAUCAGGGACCAGUCACUGGCAUUAGCGCACACGCGGUGCAAGGCGGUAUAGACUUUUCCCAUCUAUUUCUGACAUCCUCUCUUGACUGGACUAUCAAACUCUGGAGUUUGAAAGAGAACAAGCCACUCUAUUCUUUCGAGCAUAACGGCGACUACGUUUAUGACGUUGCUUGGUCUCCAACACAUCCGGCGCUGUUCGCUGCUGUUGACGAUUCGGGCAGAUUGGAUUUGUGGAAUUUGAAUCAGGAUACGGAGGUACCCACCGCUAGCGUCGUUGUCGACGGAUGUCCUGCUCUGAACAGGGUAUCAUGGACGCCAAGCGGAUUGCAUGUCACUGUCGGAGACGAUACUGGUAAAAUAUGGGUAUAUGACGUCGCUGAGCAUCUAGCUCAUCCAAGAAUUGAUGAAUGGAACAAAUUCUUGUAUACGCAACAGGAUCUGAAGAAUAAUAAAGCGGAUGAAGAAUUGGAUAAGCUUAACCUUAGUUCUGGACCGUCUUCGUUAACAUCUAUGACAUCUAUUUCAUCAGUUCCUCUUAGAUAA